AUGAAACCGGUUCACACCCAUGGGAAAGACGCCUCGGGCUACCUCUUCGUCUCGGUGAACUCCUUUCACCCUCUAUUGGACAUAAAUCACACCUUUUCACUCAUCUUUAAAGGUUUGUAUUUGCUGAUUCAGAAAAUUUCCCUCCUUUUCCCGUAUCCUACUGACUUGGAACUCGCCCAGACAGUGAUUCAGAUUUGUGUCUUGUAG